GAGGGCUCCUGGAUGAGAAGGCAGGAGGAGUCUGGGGUGGAUGUUGCUGGUAUUGUUCAUUGUUGGCGUAGUAGGGGCGGCUUUUAGCCGGAGGGGAAUAGACCGGAUAGCGAGACUGCUGCGUGGGAGAUUGAGGAUUAUAAGGCGGAGCCCCCGUCAUGAUGGCCGCGUGUGCCGGGGAACGCGGCGGCGAGGGUUAGAAGAUGGUGCCAGCAACAGGGACCGCGAAAGGCGAUGGGGGGUUGGAGAAGGAGGAAGGAGAGAAAACGUGUUCGGGGCGAACAAGAACCGUUUAUGAAAAACGAGGGCUGGCCAUGCGCGAAGGGGGUUUCGAGAGGAUUUAUCUCACGAAGAUCUCGAUGGGGGGCGAUCACGCGUCGGGUUGGUUGCCGCUGCUGGUCCCAGCUAUCUGCGGAAGGAAUUAAUUCUGAGAGGCCUAAAUGGGGAGAAGUGGAGAAGGAAGGCUGGAGGUUAUUGGGAGGGAGGAUGGCGAUGAUAUGAAGGCAGAAGAUGAUGGGGGGCAGAUGGAAGAAAAGAACAGGAAAGGAUGAGGUGGAAAAGGGAGGAUCGCCUCACCGGAUUGACAGGAAUCUUCGGAGGGCUCCAAAGUGCUUGUGGUGAGCGAGCCAACAAACCCUCCACGGGUCAACCGUUCCGGACAGGAUGCGACAAGAAACACAGGCCCAGCCAAGCCGUGAAUGGGCUACCCGAUCGGGGAAUGGUCCUGGGCCGGCAGCGAACACUACUUGAGAAACCCAGCAAUGUCCGUAACGGAGACCCUCUGGAUGAAUUGAUGGAGGAUUGGGAUUGAGAUGGGGGGGAGGGUG